AUGCUAUACAGAGCAAAUAAGGUGAUGCUCGACGUCUCCAAUCUUUUUGUCGGGAUGCUUUUUGAUGCAGACAAAGACAUUGUGCUCGUCACGGGGGGGUCGUCCGGUUUGGGGAGAGAGCUCGUGCUUCUGUUUUACAAUGCCGGCGCUCGUGUAGUAGUGUUUGACUUGGACGUGCCCAGUGAGGACUCCGAAAACUUGGUGGAAGGCGUGUACUACUUUGCAUGCGAUGUGUCCGAUCGCCAACAAGUGAGAGAGAAAGCAGAAGAGGUGUUCCACACGGUGGGUACUGUCACGAUUUUGAUCAACAACGCGGGAAUCACCACGGGGGACACGAUUCUCAACUUGAGCUUUGAGCAAAUUGAGAAGACCAUGGCGGUCAACCUCUUGUCCAGCUUCUAUACGAUCAAGACGUUCCUUCCAAACAUGCUCGCAAUCAAGAGAGGUUACAUUGUCACCAUCGCUUCCACCCUAGGGUACAUGUCGCCAGCACGGUUGAGCGCGUACGGGGCGUCAAAGUCCGGCUUGAUAGCGUUGCACGAGAGCUUGACCUAUGAGCUAGGUUCGCCAACCUUGAACACGACAGGCGUCAAGACGUUGUUGAUUUGCCCCGGACAGCUAAAGACACACCUGUUUGAAGGUGUCCGAACACCGUCAACACUUUUCGCUCCAGAGCUGGAGCCACGGGAUGUUGCAAAACAAGUGUUCAAGUCGGUGGUCUAUGGUUGUCGUGGAGAGAUCAAAAUUCCUUUCUACGGGAACUUUCUGCCUAUAUUCCGUUCUGCUCCCUGGCCAAUCGUUGCCGUCUUAAGGUAUUUUUCCGGCAUAGACACAAGUAUGAAAAAAUUCGUUGACAGGACAAAAGAGGCAACCACGAUUUCAAGUGCCUAUGUCUCAGAAAAAGCGUCCGUAGUGACAGGCAUCUUUGCAUCGAAACCGGAUAGCGUAGACCCGGCUUGGUGA